CGUGUGUCGCACCUCCAUAUGACUCACCCUUUGCUUGAGGAUGGCAGUGGCGUGGGUGCAGAGGCGUGUGGUGGCGGCACUGCUUGUGCUUGUGGCUGUGCAGGUGUUUGCUGGUGGAGGAGGAGGAGGAAGAGGAGGGGUGAGCGCGUUCCGGCUGUGGCCAAAGAAGCGCACGCGCAAGGACACAGAGGGUGCUGGGAAUGAUGACACGCAGCAGCUUCUGAUGGGAGGCGCAGAUUACAUGGACGGGCAGAUCAUCCCCUCCAGCGCGGUUGCCGCCGUCAAUGCAUACGCCUCCAGCAGUGUCUCGGCCAGAGAAUGCUUCUCCGGCAAGCUGCCCUCCGGUAUGUACUACUUUGGCGCGGCCGUGUACAACUCUGAGUUGAUCAUUGGCGGCGGGUUCACGCCUACGGAGAAGCUGUCGUUCAGCGACGACGACAGCCCCAUGCUGAGCAUGAACGCCGUCAACCACACGUUCAAGUGGACUGGCAGCUCGUGGAAAGUCUGGAACCAGUUCAACGUGACAAAGGGCGAAGCUCACCUUGCCGUCCUCAAUGGGGAGCUGUACUCGCUCGGGUCAUGCGGAAGACAAACACGCAUGUGCCUGGAGAAGUACAACAGCAGCAAGGCCAAUGAAGGCUGGCACCUCACCAAGAACCAACUCCCAUCCGUCCUCAGCUUUCCAGGAGUGAUUGCGGACGAGAAAGACAGCUCGCUGUUCGUCGUUGGAGGCGUGCAAAACAAGCACACGACUCGCGUGGUGGCGCAGUACAGCGCAUCCACCGACAAGUGGUUUGCGCUCCCGCCCAUGAACAUUGCACGCAAGUCGCCCGCCGUGGCCAUCUUGGGCAACCGGCUGUGCGCUGUUGGUGGCGUUCAGAGCACGCUGCAGUACUCCUCCCGCACCCUGUAUAUGGCCCUGCGCUCCGCAGAGUGCAUGUUCCUGAGCGCGCCCAGCGCCGGCUGGAGUCUGCUGCCGCUGCUGCCGGAAGCGCGUGGGUCUGCAACGGCGUUUGUGGCCUCCAACAAGCUGUACGUUGCUGGCGGCGUGCACGUGCCGCUGCACUGGCUCAGCAACCGCAAGGAGGAUGAUGACCUCCAGGCCACGGUCCUGGAAGUUGAGCGCAGGCCAUAUGUGAGCAAGCUCGACAGCCUUGACACGGCCUCCAGCUGGACCAACGCCUCUGAUUCGUCCCGCCUCUUCAUCUCCUCCUCCACCCUUGUUACCGUGCCCACCAAGCUCUACAGCCAGCUCUGCACAUGAGCCUGCGUGUUUGUGUGUGAAGCGCCAGUAGUAGCAGGUAUUGUGGCUUGCUGUUGUGUGCUUUGGUUUUUGCUCUCUUUGUUUGUGUGGCUACCAACGUUUCCAAGUGGCGCCUUUGACACCCCCCCCCCCCAAGCAAUAGUACAUGCUCACCAAAACAG